AUGACAGUAAUAGCAGCACCGCAAGAGCUGGACGAGCCUCUGUACCCGGCGUAUAUGCCAACUUUGACCAACGAGAUUUUCCCAGAGCAUGAACCAUUCGAGCACGACGAUCCUGCUUCGAGGGCGGACCCGACUUUUCCGAAUCUACUUGGCUCUAAGGCUGUAGCCAAGCCAGUAACCCCUUUGUUCGGAUCAGAAAUCUGCGGUAUUCAGUUGACAGAACUGUCGCCAGAAGGUUUAGACGAGCUUGGCCUACUAGUGGCUCAGAGAGGUUUCGCCGUUUUCCGAAAUCAAAAUUGGAAAGAUUCCGGAUUUAAGAAACAGCUGGACAUCGCCCGCCAUUUUGGACCACUUCACAAACAUCCUGUUCAGCCCAGACCUGCCACUGAGACAGAGAUCUCAGUGAUAUAUCAGUCUGCAGCAGAGGUUCGAAGGAUCAACUAUUGGGGAAAUCGCGUCUCAGGUGUGAAUUGGCAUGCCGAUCAGACUUACGAGAGACAACCACCUGCGGUAACUUUCUUUGGUGUGUUGGAGAAUCAAGGAUGGUGUGGAGGUGAUACGAUAAUUGGAGAUGCUCUCCGUCGAGAAGCGAUUAACACAUCUCAUCCGCUUGUCACUCGACAUCCAGUGACAGGAGACGAAGUGCUAUUUGUCAACGAGGUAUUCACAACUUCCAUCGAAGGUAUGAAGGUCGAGGAAUCAGACAAUCUGCUAAGAUUUCUCUUUGCGUACAUUGCUCGAGGCGCAGAUUUUCAAGCUAGGGUCAAAUGGGAAGAGGGUACGGUGAUUCUAUGGGAUCAAAGACGAGCUCAGCACUCUGCAACACUGGAUACACCUCAUGACAGGCGACGACAUAUGAUCAGGAUCACCCCACUGGGGGGAAGACCCAUCCCAGCCACUCGUAAAUGA